GACAGGCACCGGGCCCCCGGGCGGGGCGACAGGCACCGGGCCCCCGGGCGGGGCGACAGGCACCGGGCCCCCAGGCGGGGCGACAGGCACCGGGCCCCCAGGCGGGGCGGGACAGGCACCGGGCCCCCAGGCGGGGCGACAGGCACGGGCCCCCAAGCGGGGCGACAGGCAUCGGGCACCCCCAGGAGGGGCGACAGGCAUCGGGCCCCCAGGCGGGGCGACGGGCAUCGUGCCCCCAGGCGGGGCGACAGGCAUCGUGCCCCCAGGCGGAGCGGCGGGCGCCGGACCUCCAGAUGGAGCGACAGGUCUCGGGCCCUCAGGCGAGCGGCGGGCGCCGGACCCCCAGGAGGAGCGACAGGUCUCGGGCCCUCAGGCGGAGCGGCCGGGCGCCGGACCCCCAGGCACGACAUUGGGCCCGAGUCAACUGGUAUGACCGCAGGCACUGGGUCAGACAUUGGAUGGUCUGGCUGGACAGCGGGCAUCGGGUCACAGGCAUCAGGUCAAUUUGGCUCGACAGCGGGCACCGCGUCAUCUGGCAAGGCAGUGGGCUCCGAGUCA